CAAAAUUGUCAAAAGUCAAAACAAAUUAGGUGGUUGUCUGCGCUAAACCACAUUUUAACGUAUUAAUAAGAAUAGGAAUUAUGAAAAAAGUUCAGGGAAAUGAUUCAUUUCAUCGUAUAAAUUACUUGUACCAAAUAAGUAAACAUAUAGUUAAAAUAAAUCCAACCUUAUCUUCGUACUAUGGUAACCUAAUGGUAAAUGUUGCGAAGAAGAAUGUCUUGAAAAUGCAUCCGGACAUAAAAAGACAGAUCUGUAAGAAGUGCCGCUGCAUUUUGAUAUUUGGAGAGACAGGUAAAAUGAAGAUAAAGACUAGGAAUAAACAGAAGAUUGUAGAAUGGACCUGCAAUACUUGUAGCACUAAGAAAUCUCUUCCAGCCUCUAAAGACAAGGACCCACUAUGGCUAGAAAGAGAUGAAGCUGUUGUUGAGGUUAUUAAUUAAUUGAUUUAGUGUUAAGUAAAAAAUUUCUGUUGAUAUUAAGGUUUACUACUAAUGAGUUUCCCAAUGGUUAUGAUGUUAUUAGCAACUAAUGUGAUAUGUGUUGGUAUAGUUAUAUAUAAAUAGAAAUUAAUGUAUGUAACAAACAAUACAAUUCUUUUUAAAGCUUUUCCAAAUUACCUU